CUCUGUUGGGUUUCUGUAUACACAGCUCCGGAGUUAGUUGAUGUUCAAGAGCUAAAUAGUCUCUGUGUCUGUUCUGUCGGCACAACGCGCAGUCGCUCUACACCCAAAUCAUCUCUCUCACCAGCACUAGCACCACCACCACCACCAGCAGCACCAAGAAAAGAGAGUCUAUCACCGUGUAUCAACUCGCUAGCAUCUUCUACGAUAAGCCGCGAGCUUUGUGCACUCAAACAAAGUCCGCUCCAGUUAAAUCUAUUAACAGUCGCUGAUUUAAUUUUUGUUUUUUCAACCGAACCUUUAUCACCUCAGUAGACGUUUACUGCAUCCAGUGACUGGUGAUUUAUUUUAAUUUAUUUCCGUGGCUUAGAAAUCAAGACAAGUAUCAGCCGGUUGAUAUAAUGAAGCUGUGGUGGAGUUUAUUAUUGGUACUGGGAGUCGUACUCUCAAUAAUGUCAAUUACGGCGCAAGCUGAAUCCGAUGUAUGGGAGGAAGAUGAUGAGAGAGAAGUACUUGUGCGAACUGUCAGAGGUACCAAAGACCGUGCAUCCGGAAGCAAUGGACCAGUUUGUAGAUAUUCAAAAGGCGAAUGGUCCGAAUGUGAUCCUAAAACAAAUAUGCGAUCACGUUCUCUGAGUUUGAAGAAAGGAGACAAAACUUGUGAACAAACUAAAAACAUUCAGAAGAAAUGUAAAAAAGGCAAAGCGUGUCGCUAUGACAAAGGAACAUUCAGUGCAUGUGUAAAUAUGUCAAUGACACGAGUGGAUAAUUUAAAACCCAAUAGCGAUUCAUCAUGCGAUCAAACGCGUCGCAUUACCAAAAGCUGUAAACCUGAGGCCGCUAGUACGAAAAAAGUUACCAAAGCUGAUCGCAAUAGAAAAACUGGAAAGCAGUAAACAGUAAAAAAUUUAAAAUUCAACAGCAAAUCGUAAGCCCGUCUUUUGGCAGUCGAUAUUUCAAUAGCGUUAUAUUAUUAUAUAUAUCAUAAUGUUAUAUAUAAAUAUAAAUAUAUAAUACUGACUGACGCACUAAAAAAAAAUGAAAAAAAUAAGACAUUUAUAAGCUAUGGCAUUUAUUUUACAGAAGAUAUACAAUUGAAAAAAAAAAUAAAAUUAUUGUUAAUGUUUUGAUGAUAAUUAAAAAUGAGAAGAAAAAAAUUUUUUGACAUUUUUUUUUUACUCAAUACAAUAAAAUAUGUACAAUAAUAUAUUAUCAUUAUUAUUGAACUAAGAUACAGUAAAAAGGAAAAGAAAAAAAGAAAUUCGUCUCGUUGUUUGAUGAAGAAAAAUUUUUUUUAACACUCAUUACUGUUCUUGAAACAAUUAAUUGUUGAUUAAUGACAACGACUCGUAUUUAAUUGAAUACAUCCAUAAGUUUAAAAUAAUAAUAAUGAAAAUAUUUAAACUCAAUUUUAUUGAGCAUUAAAAUCAAAUUCAAAUAAUUCAAUAAACAAAAAAAAAAUAAAACAAAAUAAAACAAAUGAUAAAUAAUAAUGAUAAUAAUAAUAAUAAUUAAUUAUUAAUUAAUAAAAUGAUAAUAAUCUUUUCAAUUUUAUGAUACAAUUUAUUGUAUGCGUUACAAUGUUUAGUAACGGGAAGAAAAAAAAUUUAAUGGACAUGUACUCAAUGCUACAAUUAACUGUAGUACUAAAUUACAUAUUUAACGCCAUAUCAUUGUAACAAUUAACUAUUAAGAUUAAAAAGAAAAAAAAUAUGUCGUGAUUAUGAGAAAAAAAAAAUAAAAUUCCGUAUAUUAAUUGUCGUGCAUUAAUGUAUUGAAUAUACGACGAUGAUAAUAAAUAUUAAUGACUUUAAUUGAUGAACAUAAUUAAUUAUAAAUUAAUUGAUGGUUAAUUAACGUAAUCUUUUAAUAAUUAAACCGUAUUUUAAUCUCGGCAUUGUAACAUAGCGUGAUAGAGAACAAAACAAUGUUUGUGCCAUCUAGCGGUUCUUUUUAAUAAUUAAUAUAUAUAAUAUAUAUUUCUUGAUUAUAACAAUUAGAAUCAGCUCUUACUAUACUUAUAUUAUUAUUAAUAAUGUAAUAAUUUGUAACAAUUAUAAUAUUGUUAUGGAAAAUGAUUUCUUUUUGUCCCAAGUGUAGAGAACUUAAAUCCUUUAAAUCUAGACCAGUCUAAUCUCAUUCGGUAUUUUAAAUUAGCGGUUUUAAAUUUAAUUGAUCAAUUAAUCAAUGGGAUUUUAAUGAAGUAAUCGGUGGUUGUAAUACCGAGUGAGAUGAAAACUCAUUCCAUCAUUCGACUUUAUGACUAAAACUAUUGCUAUUAACUAAUCAAUAAAUAUUAAUAAUUAAUUAAUUUACUAAUGUAUUAAUUAAUUAAAUCUUGUAUAAUGUAAUUAACUUAUGCGUACACAUGUAACAUGUAACAAAAAAAAUAAGAUGUUGUCAAUAAAAAAUAAUAAAAAUAUUA